AUGAAAAAUAGUGAGAAUCUUUAAAGUUAUGCAGUUGAAAAAAGAAUUGGAGAAGGAGCUUUUGCUAUAGUGUAGUGAAUCUUAUUAUUAAUUUAAGUUUUUUAGCAACGGUUUAAGAAUCAGGUGAAAGGGUUGCAAUUAAAAAGGCACCUCUUGACAAGAAAUAUAAAAAUAGAGAACUUGCUAACUUAAAAUUAAUUGGAGAUCAUCCAAAUAUUGUUUCUUUGAAAGAUGCCUUUUAUGUGGUUGGUUAAAAGUAUAACGUAUUUUAUUAUAUAAAAGCGAAGAGGUUUAUAUAAAUUAUGUUAUGGAAUUCCUUCCUGAGAAUUUAUCAGAUUAUAUCAAGAAUUUAAAGAAACAAAAGAAACAAUUAACAUAAAUAUAACUCCAAUGCAUAACAUAUUAAUUGCUUCGUGGAUUAGCUUUUAUCCAUGGAAAAGGAAUGGCUCAUCGAGAUAUUAAACCAUAAAAUAUUCUCAUAGAUAAAAUGAUUGUUAAAUAUUGUGAUUUUGGUUCAUCAAAGAUAAUAUCUGGAGGAUAAAUUAAUACUUCUUAUUUAUGUUCCAGAUAUUACCGAGCUCCUGAACUUAUUUUUGGAGCCACUGAUUAUUCUAUAAAUAUUGAUAUAUGGUCUUUGGGUUGUGUUUUUGCUGAAUUGAUUUUAUUGGAACCUCUAUUUCCAGGAGAAAGUUCAGUAGAUUAAUUAGUAGAAAUUAUGAAAGUAUUGGGAACACCUACAGCUGCUGAUAUUGCUGAAUUCAAUAUUUCUAAUACAGAUUUUAAAUUCCCUUAGGUUAAAGGUCAUCCUUGGUCUAAAGUUUUUCUUAAAUAUAAACCAGAUCCAUUAUUUAUUGAUUUGAUUAAAAAAAUGGUUAUGUAAUUAUCUAUAUUUAUAACAAUAGAUAUUAACCAUAAUAAAGAAUUAAACCAUUUAUGGCUUUGAUGCACCCUUUUUUCAAUGAUCUAAGAAAAAUUUAAAAUGAAGAAGUUCCAGAGAUCUUAUGGUAAUUUACACCAGAAGAAGAAAAUAUUUUUGGAAAACAACCAUUAAAACAUUUAUUGCCAACACGCUAGUAAGCAUAAAAGUGA